AUGGCGCUGGGCAGCGACGGCACGGGACCCCAGGGGUCCAAGCAGCAGCCUGGGCCAUCGGGAGCGACCAACGCGAGCGCCAGUGCUGGCAGUUCGGGGCCCAGCAGCGGUCCCCCGUCCGGCAACGCGCCACAGCUCGGCUCUUCGACGUCGAUGGGCCAGCCCGCCGCGGGGCAGCAGCAACAGCCGCCCGCGCAGGGAGCCGGCGGUGGAGCGCAGCAGAGCCAGCUUCAACAGCAGCAGCAGCUUCAUCUGCAGCAGCAGCAACAGCUCCACCAACAGCAGCUCCACCAGCAACAACAGCUCCAGCAGCAUCAGCAGCAACAACAGCAACAGCACCCGCGCGACCUGCAGCAGCUUCAACAGCACCACCAGCAGCAGCAGCAGCAGCUGCAGCAACAGCAGCAUCAGCAGCAGCAGCAGCUCCACCAGCAUCAGUUUCAGCAGCACCAGCAACAGCUCCACCACAUGCAACAACAGCAGCGACAUCAAGCCGCCGCCGCUGCCGCUGGCCGCUCUGCCGCAACUGCACCCUCGCCGCCCUCGAUCUCCACGCCUUCUUCUGGGCCGACGCCGCCCGCGCCCGCGCAACCCACGCCCCCAGCGCAGUCGACGUCGAUGGGUCCUGGCGGCGGCCCAGGCGGGGGUGGCAUGAUGCUGCCCGGCCAGCAGAUGGGCAAGUGGAAGGGUGCCGCCCACCACCAGCAGGCGCCGCCUACCGCCGGACCGGGCAGCAACGGCGCGCCCGUGGGCGGCAUACCGUCGAGCGGCCCCGCGAGCGGCCCCAUCGGUGGACUGCCGCCGCAGCCUCAGCAGCAACCGGGACCGGCAGGCGGCGGACUCAUUCGCAGUACCUCCUACGACGCCGUGACCGGCCAGAUGAAGAUGGGUGGCGGAGGCAUGGACCCGCGCAUGGUGGGCGCGCAGGGCCAGGUCCACCCGGGCAUGCAGCGAAAUCCCUACCACGCCUAUGGUGCCUACGGGCCGCCGCAGGGCCAGCAGCACGGUGCGCCGCCGCACCUCCAACAGCAGUCGCAACCGCCACAGCCUUCCGGGUUCGCGCCGCACAUGCAGCCACCGCCGCAGCACGCGGGCAUGACGCACGUAGCCGUCGGCGGCCAACCGCCCAACGCCUACUUCGCCAUGCAACGCAACCCCACGCGAACCAUGUCGAGCCCACACAUGUCGCUCGGCGCCGGCGGUCCGGGUCAGCCCCAGCCGCCUCAGCCCACCGGCUACGGCGGCCAGUUCCACCCAGGUCAGGCUGCCCAGCCCGGCGGACCCAUGUACGAAGGUGGCCCGCACCCGUCGUCGGGCUAUCCGUCGUCGGCCUACUACGGGCGCAGCGGCGGCGGCGAGCCGGUGGUGGCGCGUAACGGCGAAGGUGGCGCGGCGCCGGUCUUCUCGCCCCAGUUCCAGAUGCAGCAUAUGCGACGGCUCAACCAGGCCCUCGGCCAGCAGGUCACGCCCGGCGGCCCGGUCGCGGGCGGACCCACCGGCCCCGCGCCCGCGCCCUCGCCCGGCGGCCAAUCGGGUCCAGCCAUGGUCACCACGCCUGGCGGACCGCCGCUCGCCGCCAGCAGCAUGCCCUCUCCCGCCGGACCGGGCCAAGUCGGCGCCGACGCCGUUGGUCAACAGCAGCUCAGCCACGUCACCACUCCGGGCGGCACCCAAUCGGCCGGCGUCGGCGGCGGAGUGCCCUCGUCCGCCACCACAGUAGGCGGCCCGAUCGGCGGCCUGCCACCACAGGCAUCGGCUCCCGGCGGCGUCGGCCAUCCCGGUAUGGGCGGCUACCCGGCUCACCCCGGCAUGAUGGCCAAGCGACCCCCCGGCGGCAUGGGCAUGGUCGGCGCACCACAGCACCCCGGCGGGCCACAGACUGCGCUGGUGUCCGGCCAGGGCCAGCAGCAGCCCGGCGGCCAGGGCCAGCCGGGACCGCAGGACAACAACGUGGGACCCGGCGCGAUGGUCGGGGUUCCUGGCGGACCCGGCGGCCCAGGCGUGAUGCCUCCGAACGUGGGCGUGCCGCGGUCGGAUCUGGCGCUGUCGCAGUUCAAGGAGGUCUGGGAGAAUCUGGGGAUGUACAGAAACUUCCUCUUCCAGCUGGUGCCGAUCAACCCGAGCGCGCUGCUCGAGGCUAACGUCAAGUACAUCCUCGCCACGCCCGAGGGCGCCGCCAUCCGCACGCCCCUCUCCCUCUCUGUAUAUGUUGUAAUGGCUCUCGGUUCGCUUUUGCGAGCCAAUUUCCGGAUGACGCGAGAGUUCGCCAACAAGGCCCACGAGCACUUGGUCCACACGCUGGAGCAACGACAGUCCAUCGACUACACGCUCGGACAGGCGCUGUUGGGCAUGGCCUACAUCGAAGCUGCGAUGGAAACCGUGCCCUCGUCGUCGAAGUGGAAGCAGUUCUACGCGGAGCUGGCCAUGAAGAUCUGCAAGCGACUAGGGGCCUACAGCAGCAUCCUCUACUUCCACUCAAUGUUCUUCAUCUCGUGCGACCCCACCAUCUCGCUGGAGCGGCUCAUCCAGAUGCAGCGUGAGGGCAACCAGACGCCCGACCUGCCCUACCACACCUUCAUCGAACCCAACUCGGACGGCAUCCGCCAGGCGAUGCCCGUGUCCGUCCUGAGCCACGGGAGAGGUAAUGCGGCCGGCCGAGUGCUGAUCAACGUCAUCAACGGACUCAACAUCCACAUGAAGUCGUCGCAGCUCGAGCACUCGCAGCACGCGGCCGCGCAGCAGCCCGGCGGAGGUGGGUCGACCGGCCCAGUGACGCCCGCGUCGGCGGCCAUGGGCGGCCCCGGUGGAGUGGUCCCCGGCGGGGUGGUGGUCGGCAUCACCGGCCAGACGCCGCAGCCGCCCACGAUGCCGCCCUACUUUGACUCGACGAGCUACUUCUACCAGCUGAUGGAGUCGAUGGACAAGCUCGAGAAGGAGCUGCGUGUCAUCCAGACCACAGCCGACCCGCUGCCCACCUACGCCUACUUCACCUUCUGCCUGUGUAUAUACUCCCUGCACGCGGCCUGCUGCUGGCGAAUGGGCAUGAAGGACAAAGCUCUCUUCUGGGCCAAGAAGUUUUUGAGCGAUUCGCACAAGGAGGAGUGGCGGUCGUGCUGCGGCGGUCCGCCCAUGCAGGAGAUGAUAGGGCUGGUGCUCAACAUCUUCCUUCAGAUGAACGAGCUCGAGUCGCUCGACUUCCAGCUGAACCAGAUCGAACGGCUCCUGGUCGUCUAUCCCGCCCUCAACGCCAUGGUCACCCACUUCCAAAAGGUUCUGUGGGAGAAGAAGGAGCAGCAGUUGAUCAUGCAGAAGCGAAGGCAAAUGUACAUACAGCAGCAACAGCAGGGCGGGCUGCCCGGCCCGAUGAGCCCGCACCACCCGCUGGCCUCGCCGCCGUCCAUGGCCAUAGGCAUGGGCAUGCCCAUGCACCCGUCGGCGGGCGUGGGUGUACCCCACGGCCCCAUGGCGCACCACAUGGGCGGCCACCACCUCCCCGGGCAGGGCCAGCCGCUGCCCUCGCACGUGCCCCAGAUGUCGCCGCACCAGCCCCAGAUGUCGCCGCAGCAGCAACAGCAGAUGGCCGCCCAGAUGACGCCGCCCCAACCGCAGGCGCAGGAGGGCGCAUCGACGGGCGAGAUGUCGCCGCCGGGUGCCAAGGGCAAGGGCGGCCGAGGCGGGCGUGCCAAUCGCGGACGCGUCGGCGCCUCGGCUGCGGCGGCCACCAAGUCGCGCUCCGGCAGCAGCACCGGGGUCGGCACGCCGGGCCAGACCUCGACCAUCAACGUCUACAUGAAGAUCAAGACCUCACACUUCUAA